ACAAAGAUUACAAAGUAAAUCUAACUAAAACCUAACAAAAUGCCGGUAGAUUGGUUCGGUUAUGUGUACGCUGCCACGGUGGCCGCCGGCGGAGUCAUGGGCUACGCCAAGGCGGGUUCCAUUCCAUCGCUGGGUGCUGGCCUGGCCUUUGGAGCCCUGCUCGGCUAUGGCGCCCAUCUGAAUUCCCAGGACACACCGCGUCCAUUGCUUCAACUGGGCACUUCCCUGUUUCUGGCCGGAUUAAUGGGCAUGAGGUGGAACCGUUCCGGCAAACUCAUGCCCGCCGGCAUGGUCUGCAUGCUAUCCGUGGCCGCUCUGGUGAAGAAUGUGGCUAUAUACAAUCGGUACCUCCUUCCCGUGCCAGCAGGCCCAAGGGGUACAUAA